UCAAAACAGUUUAUAACAAUGUGGAAUAACGUUUGAUCCGAUAGGCUGAAUAUCGUGUUGCAUUCCAGACUUAUUAAAAGUAUUAAGUUUCUUAUAAUAUAAUAUAGAUAAAUUGAGAUACAAAAUAGUAACAAUACGGUCUCUGUUUUGAGAGAAUAUUGGUUAAUAUCGAUAUUAUUAAUAUUUGUUCCAAUAUUUUCAUUUACUUCGAGCGGAAGUGGGAUAUUACUUAAAACUUAUUUAACUGAAAACAGCUGAGAGAUUUUUAUGGAAUAACAAAAUGGAAUGAAUGCUCACAGUACCAGCUUCUGUUGCUAUGGGUGAUGUUCGGCUGUUACGGACGUGCUAACGACGACAAAUACAGGAUGGGGUGUGGUUCGAGUAAGGAGUUUCCGGACGACGAACCAAGAACCGUGGUCGUGUUCGGAGCAACCGGACUACUUGGUGGGUCCGUGGCCCGGGCCCUGUUAGAAGAUCCAUUGAGGUUUAGAGUUCGAGCCGUUACAAGACGACCCUCGAGCGAGAAGGCAAGAAAAUUGGCCGAGGAAGGAGCUGUUAUAGUUACUGCAAAUCAAAAUGAUAUAGCGAGCCUGGAGAAGGCGCUAGAUGGCGCUGAUUCAAUGUUUCUCACAACACAUUACUGGGAAGAUAAAAAUAAAGAAAAGGAAAUUGUCAGGGGUCUCAAUGCUAUAGAUGCCGCCGUUCAUAAAGGGCUCACCCAUAUAGUAUUCAAUGGGUCAGAAAAUGUCCGGAAAACUAUAGGAAAAGAUUGUGGUCACUUGGACAGCAAGGCGGCUAUAGAGGAAUAUUUGAGAGAAGUUGGAGUCAACUACACGAUUAUACGACUGCCAUUUUGGUACGAAAAUUUCACAACAGUAUUCCGACCACAUAAAGUGAAGCACGGAGUUUACGCGAUACCAAUACCAAUGGAGGACAUGCCAUUAGAUAUGAUCUCUGUGACUGAUGUCGGAGAAUGUGUAAUGAAACUGUUCUACAGACCUAGAUACUAUUCCAGAAAGACUUUAUCAUUUGGGGGAGAUAGACUUACCACUGAAGAAAUGGCGCAUGCGCUAACAAAAUGCUUAAACAAGAAAUUUAUUUAUCCGAAGCUCAGAAUCAAAGACUUUGAACAGUUUGAUUUUCCUGGAUCGCAGGAGUUGGCGGCCAUGUUUGAAUUUUACCAAAAGGCUCAAAUAACUCGAGAUAUAAAAUUGACUAAAAGACUAAAUCCCGAAUAUAAGACAUUUGAAAAGUGGCUGGACGAAGAGAUGGAGGCGGUUGAAAAUGCUUUAAAAGAACAGGAUCAGUGACGUAUUUAGUCACGAGACUGAUUAAACGGAAGUGUGAAGUCACGUGAGGAUGUGGAACGAACAGAACUGAUCUCGUGGAGUUGUCGUUCCUUACUCACGUUCAAGACAUCGAAAGAGCGACAAGUGUUGAAUCGAGAUUACAUGGUUUUCUUGUCGUAAUGCAUUUAUAAUUCUACUGAAUCAAAUCAUUUUAGUCUAGGACUUGUAUUUUUGCAAUGCAAUUUAUAUUCUAAAGCAGAUAUAUAAAAGUUGUGUGCAUAUAAAAGUACUAACAAAAACAAUAACCAUUUUUUUAAUAUCAAGAGACUGUAAUAUCUCCAAACAAAUGAUAAAUAUUUUGUCUAGAUCAUACUGAUUUUUUUCACACAGCUCAGCUAAAAGUUAAUGUAGUCAAAAUUUAGUUUAUGAUAUUAAGAAGCAAUCAUUUCAAAUAUGAAAUGGGAUUAAAUCUUUUCUUUGGUAUCUUUAACUGCACAUAACUUUUGUGCCUAUGCAAGACAAUCAUCUUCAUGCAUGUAUUAUAAUUUGAGCCGCGCCAUGAGAAAACCAACAUAGUGCGUUUACGACCAGCAUGGAUCUAGACCAGUCUGCGCAUCCGCGCAGUCUGGUCAGGAUCCAUGCUGGUCGAAAUUAGAGAAACCAUUAGCGAACAGCAUGGAUCCUGACCAGACUGCGCGGAUGUGCAGGCUGGUCUGGAUCCAUGCUGGUCGCAAAGCCAAUAUGUUGGUUUUCUCAUGCUGCGGUUCAUUUAUAGAUUUAAAAUGGAUGAAUAUGUAUGUAAACAUAUAAUUUUGACGCCUAAGCCUAGAUAAAGCCUUCAGUUAAAAGUGUUGACAAUUCUCAAAUAUAUGCGCUAUCUGCUUUAAACUGUGAUACCUGUAUUUGCUCCAAUACUAUUUGUUUCAUUUUUAACUGACAAUAUUAUGCUUGCAUUUAUUUCGGUUUUUUUCACAUAUUUAUAUAAAUACAAGCAUUUUACAUACAUUACCAAAUGCAAUUAUUUGUUGUUAUGCUGAGAUGAAAUAAAUUUGAUAAAUAAUCACGUA